AUGGACGAAGAGAAGAAAUACGUCAACUUCACUGGAUUUAUUCGAGUUUAUAAAUUAUUCCGAAAAAAUAAACUGGAACAUGCGUCGAUGUUAUGCACUAAAUUGCUUCAGAAAAAUCCACUCGAUCAGGUAUGUCCUUCAGGAAAAAAAAAACUUUUUCACCAAAAAAAAUAUGUUCAGGCGACUUGGGCUUUGAAAAUGCAAUGUAUUUCGGAUGGGACAUAUGUGGAUGAAUUGGAUAAUGAAGAUGUUGGAAUUGCUGAAACGUUUUUGGAGCAAAAUGUGAUUGCACCGAAUGCGAGACCUGGCACAAGUUUUCAACGGCCAAAAACCACCGCGAAGGGAAUUAAUCCAAUUUUGCGACCAACAACAAAUGCUGGACGACCAGUUUCAGGAGUGGUUCGACCAAUGAGUUCGUUGAAAACUGGAAGUAUGGAUCAAGCUGUGAGAACUGCAAGAACUGCAAAAACAGCGAGAGCUGUGAGUAGUACAUCAGCAAGAAAUAUGAGACUUGGAACAUCAUCAAUGGCCUCAACAAAUGAAAUACAAAUUGUGAAUUUGGCACGAUUGAAUAUUGAUAAAUAUGGAUCUGAUCCUUUGGUAAAUCGACAACUUUUUGAAUAUGUUUUCUAUUUUAUGGGAGAUAUCAAAGCAGCUCAUCAGAUUGCUGGAUGUGCAACAAAGGCUGCUGGUUUUGAUGAUUGGUAUUGGAAAAAUCAGCUAGCAAAAUGCUAUUUUCGAUUAGGAAUGAUUGGAGACGCUGAGAAACAAUUGUUAUCAUCUUUAAAACUUCAAAGCCUUGUCGAAACCUACGCAUUACUCGGAAAAGUCUAUAAUCGUCUUGAUCAACCAAUGUCUGCAAUGCGAUAUUAUAAAGAAGGUAUUGAAGUAUAUCCAAAUGAUGUGACACUUUUACUUGGAAUGGCAAGAAAUGAAGAAUUAUUGGGAGAAUAUCAGAAUUCAGUUGAUAUUUAUAAAAAGAUUUUGAGUGUUCAAGCAAAUAACAUCGAAGCAAUCGCAUGCCUUGCAACAACUUAUUAUUAUAGUGGAAAGCCUGAAAUUGCACUUCGAUAUUUUCGAAGAAUUAUGCAGAUGGGAGCAAAUUCAGCUGAAUUGAAUAUGAAUAUUGCAUUGUGUUGUAUGGCUUCUCAACAAUAUGACUUGGCUAUUCAAUCAGCAUUACGGUAGGUUUUUUUGAAUCAACCUUACCACUAUUAUCUUGUAGUAUAACUUCUGAUUCUAAUCAGGACUUAUACUGAUUUUUAAAAUCAGUAUUAAAAAAAUAUAUUUUUUAGUGCACAAUCAACGAUGACUGAAGACGUGGCAGCUGACAUUUGGUAUAAUAUUGGGCAGAUUAUGGUAGAUGUUGGAGAUUUAGUUUAUGCAACAAGAGCAUAUCGAAUUGCUUUAUCACAUGAUCCAGAUCAUAGUGAAUCAUUGGUAAAUCUUGCAAUUCUGAAACAUCGUGAAGGUCGAUUUGAUGAAGCUCGCUCACUUUAUAUGUCAGCACUUUCGAAAAAUCCAGGAAUGUUCGAAGGAAAUUUCAAUCUUGCAUUGGUUUAUUAUCAACAAGGAAAAUAUAAUGAAUCUCGUCAACUUUUGAAACAAGCAUUGAUUGCAUUCCCUGAACACGAUCAUUGUAAAAAACUAAUGAAGACAAUUAACGGGAUGUUCGAGUCAGUGUAAUAUGAUUCCUUUUAUGAUGACUUGCAAGAAACUCAAUACUUUUCCCUUGUUGUGUGAAAUUCAUUUUUACUAGCAACCCAUAUGUGACACAACAUGCUAAAUUUUUAUUACUAUUUUCUUUUUUACCUAAUAAAUUGUAUGAAUCCUGUGGUUUUUGGUACACCUUUAGAUGUUUUGUUGAUUUUGGAUCAUCCGCGAUUGAUUUCUGUUGACUUAAAAAAGAUCAAGUAUUGAAAUUUUUGUUGAAUUAUGCAUUGAAUAUAAAUUCAAAGAAAUAAAUGGUCGAGAAAUUGUGGAAGAAGCUGAUGAAGUUUUGGGAAUUACGAUGGAAAAUGUGGAAAGUUCUGAAAAAUCAAAAACUUUUCAAAUGCAACAGAAAAAUGUUCGAACUUUGAGAAAUCGAAGAAUAUUAAAUAUAAGAUCGGAUGAGAACUUUGAUUUCGCAGAAUAUCCUAAAGAUUCGCAUUCGGUACAACUGAAAUUCACCUCAAAUUUAAAAAAUUCUUCAGAACUUGCAUUAAAUCCACAUUUUGCAAAAAUUCCAAUUGAGAAAAUGGUGAGCCAAAUUUUUUGAAGUUCAAGAAAUGUUUAUAAUUUUAGAGCAACGAUGAAUGGGAAUUCGAAAUCUUAAAAUCCUAUGUUCAAUGGGUUGUGCAGAAAAACGAGUCUUUUGAGCAAGCUGUUUUUGAAAUGAAAAUAAGUAGGAAAAUACCAAAGAUGGUAUCAAUUAUAACAACUCUCAUGUAUCUCACAAAUAUUUUAUUGAUUUUUGAAAUAUUUCCAGUUUUUUCACUGGACUUCAAUAUUAAAACUGAUUGGGUGAGUUUUUUUGUUGAUAACAAUGACAUGCAAUCCAUCAAAAAAAUUUUAAAGCGGAUUUAAUUUCUGAAAUUUUUGAUACGUAAAUAAUACAGGAUUUGUGCGUAAUGGAAUUUCAUUAAAAUUUCAGAAAUGUUGUUUUUUAUCUCCAACAAAUAAGUUUUGAUCCAACAAAAUUUGAAUGGUAAAUACUUUUUGAUUUUCAUGACGUAAAAGUAGACGUAAAAACACCUGGUUUUUAAAAAGUUUAUCAUUUUUUAUCGGAAAUUUUAAAACUGACUGAUUGUGAGUGAGUUUUUUUAUUGGUAUCACAAAUCAUUAGAUCCAUCAAACAUUUUCAAAUGCGGAUAUAAUUAAUGAAUGUUUUUAUACGUAAAUGAUACAGGAUUUUUGAAAAAUUAUCAAAGAUAGUUAUAAAAUCUUUCAAAAUUCCAGAUCAAUCUUCUGUGUGUCCAAGUUCUAAUCACACUGAUCUCAGCUCCUCAAGCUCUUGGCAAGUUCCACCGCUAUCUUCUCAGCCAACUCCUACUCUCUACACUUAUUUGUCUAUCCAAAAAUGUUCUACCAUUUUUUCUAUUUCAUUUACGCUGUUGUCCAAUCGAAUCAGAUCCAUCUCCUCCACUUUUUCCAUCACCAAGUGACCAAUUCAGUUUGGAUACGGAAAGAGCAAAAUGUCACGCAGCUAUGGAUUCUGCACGUGCUGAAUCUCUUCGAAGUCCACGCGCGGCUAAUUUCGAUAUGUGCAUGGUAUGUUUUUCUUUUUUGAAUAGCAAGAUUUGAAAAAAAAGGAGAAUUUCAGGCUGAAGUGAAGUUCACGAUGGCAAAUUUCAACGAGGUUCUAAAUUUACAUUCAUCUUCAGAAUGGCGACGAAAAUUAUGGCGAAAUGCUUAUCGAAGAUUUGAAAUCUGUAUUUUUAUAG